UGUCAAGUGUUUUGAAUGAAUCGAGAGUUUGAUUACUAUUACAGUCAUUGACAGUCUAUGGGAGUUAUAUACAGACAGUACUGUAGUUAUUGUCAAUAAUUUAUUUAUAUUACGGUUAAUAUACAGUAAUAAUAAUAAUAUUAUUAUUAGUAAUAAUAUUGAAUGACAAGACUAGCAUUUACUACAGUCAACUGUCCACAAAUGACAUGAUGGACAACAAGCCCGUGCCGGCCACCCGUUCCCGUGUGGGUCCAACAUCACACUGUCAAACAAUGGACCCGUCGAUGGCUGUUAUACCAGAUGUACGUGAAGAUGAGGAACAAGCGGUUAAAAUGCAAGAAAUUAUUAAUUUGUUGGUCGCCGGCGGCUAUUUUCGGGCCAGAAUUAAGGGACUCAACAAUUUCGAUAAAGUGGUCGGAGGUAUGAGUUGGGCCAUCGAGAUGUCAAACGUUGAUCUCGACGUCGAUAUACUAUUUCACGAAAGUCUGACUAUCGGUCAAAAAAUAUCGCUAACAGAGAAGAUAGUGUCGGCAUUGCAUGUGAUGUCGUGUCCACACAAGAUAGAGCCGCAUCAGAUCCAGGGAAUGGAUUGUAUUCACAUAUUUCCAGUAAUUCAAUGGUUAGUCAAGAAGUCAAUAGAGACCAGACAGCAAAUGUCUGAUUAUUUGAUGAGUUACGCCAAAUGGCAGUUUGAUCGCAACCAUAAACUACACGAUACUGAUGUGACAGAUGCUAACAUUACGUCCUCUUCUAGUGCUAAUAAUAUAUACAAAAACCCGAAACGCCUUUACAGACAUCCGGCCCGACAUAAGCUAAUAGAAGCGGAAACACGUGUCCGUACAACUCUUCUUGAAUAUGGAAGUACCGCCGGUAAAGAAAUGUCUACUAAAACAGGAACCGAUCGAUCGUCUGAAUCGGAGAGUAUAGAGCAAAACGAUUCAGAAUCGCAACUUAGGGAUCAAUUGAUGAGUUCAAUGUUAGCAGAGACUCAUAAAAUAUCUGCCGCUUUUGUUGGCUCUAUAGUGGGCACACAGUCGGAUGAGAUACAAAAGUUAGCCAAAGAAUAUCAUCAAAAAAGACUGGAGAGAGAAGAAAAUUCAUUAGAAAUUAUGGAACGGAAGUUAAGAGCUCGAGUUGAAGCCACCAAAAGGCAGUUAAUGACAGUUAAACAAAAUGAAUCAGAAAUUAUUGAUAAAAUACAGUUAUGUAAUGAAAGAAUAGAAAUUGUGAGAGAAAAACAACAAUCGAUUAAACCAAAUGAAAUCCAAACCGAUAAAGAAAGAGAAGAAAAACAAAAUUUAUGUUACAUUUUAGAUACACUAAAGAAACAAAAGUCAGAGUUUAAACAAUUUUGUCGCGAAGAAAAACAAAGAUUAGAUAAACAUAUCGAAGAAUUGUCUAAUCAGACCACAUAUGACACUGAAGACGAAACUGAAGUUGAAGUGGAGGUUCAGUCCUACGAGGAGAAGCACCAGAAAUCUAAGUCACAAUUAGCUAAUCUUAACAAAAGUAUUGCUAAAUUGCAACGAAAAUUUGAUGACAUUCCCACUCGAGCUGAACUAUCGCAAUACCAAAAGAGAUUUAUUGAAUUAUACAACCAAGUGGCUGCAAAACAUAAUGAAACGAAAAAGUUUUAUACUCUCUAUAAUACUUUAGACGACGAAAGGAUGUAUUUGGAGAAAGAGCUCAAUUUAAUUGGUUCCAUAUUAGACAACUUUUAUCAAGCUCAAAAUUCCCAUAACGUUAGAGAAGAGUUUUUGCUUCAAUUCGAUCAAAUUGUCGAAAAUAUUAAACAAACAAAACUCAAAGUCGAAAACAGAAGAACUAUAGAAAAAGCCAAAAGAGAUGAACUCAACGAUACUUAUCUCGAAUUAAUCGAAAAGCAAAGACUCUAUUAUAAAGGCGUUAAAGAUUUCAAAGAGGAAUGCAAAACAAAUGAACGACUUAUAUCUGAAUUGGAGAAUAGAAAAUUAAGAAAUAACCAUGUUUAAAUUUGUAUUUUAG